AGACUACACAAGACUUUACUGAUGAAAGCUCAGCAAGUUCUCACCAUAAGGCGUUUGACAACUAAACUAAGAAAAUUAAAGGAAAAUACCAGGUGCCGCUCUGCAGGUUGCAUUUAUCACCACUUAUUGGAUAUAUUCAAAUCCUUCAGGAUCCACAAAGGAACCAGGUAGCAAAAGAGAAAUGGAAGCCAUGGAUAACCUUACCACUGUAGCUGGGAAUGGCAGCCUAUGUACCAGAGAUCACAAAAUCACCCAGGUCCUCUUUCCGCUGCUCUAUACUGUCCUGUUUUUCACUGGACUCAUCACAAACAGCCUGGCAAUGAGGAUUUUCUUUCAAAUCCGCAGUAAAUCCAACUUCAUUAUUUUUCUUAAGAACACAGUCAUUUCCGAUCUUCUCAUGAUUCUAACUUUUCCAUUCAAGAUCCUUAGUGAUGCUGAACUGGUGAUGGUGUCACUGAGAACCUUCGUGUGCCAAGUUACCUCUGUCAUAUUUUAUUUCACAAUGUAUAUCAGUAUCUCAUUCCUAGGACUCAUAACUAUCGAUCGCUACCAGAAGACCACCAGGCCAUUUAAAACAUCCAACCCCAACAAUCUCUUGGGGGCUAAGGUUCUCUCUGUCAUCAUCUGGGCAUUCAUGUUCUUACUCUCUUUGCCUAACAUGAUUUUGACCAACAGGAGGCCAAGAAACAUGAAUGUGAAGAAAUGCUCUUUCCUCAAAUCAGAGUUUGGCCUGGUCUGGCACGAAAUAGUGAAUUACAUCUGUCAAGUCAUUUUCUGGAUUAAUUUUUUAAUUAUCAUUGUAUGUUACACACUGAUUACAAAAGAGCUUUACAGGUCAUAUGUUAGAACAAAGGGGGUGGGCAAAGUCCCCAGGAAAAAGGUAAACAUCAAAGUUUUCAUUAUCAUUGCUGUAUUUUUUAUUUGCUUUGUGCCUUUCCAUUUUGCCCGAAUUCCCUAUACCCUCAGCCAAACCCGGGACGUCUUUGACUGUUCUGCUGAGAACACCCUAUUCUAUGUGAAAGAGAGCACUCUGUGGUUAACUUCCUUAAAUGCGUGCUUGGAUCCAUUCAUCUACUUUUUCCUCUGCAAGUCCUUCAAAAAUUCCUUGAUGAGUAUGUUAAAGUGCCCCAAUUCAGUAACAUCUCCUGCCCAAGAGAACAGGAAAAAAGGACAGAAUGGUAGUGAUACAACCCAAGAAACUCCAAUGUAAACAAAUAAACUAAAGGAAAUACUUCAAUCUGUUAGUGUUUUGAACUCCUAAGAGGAAAGCACUAUACAAAAUUAUUGGUGGAGUUAAUAAAAGAGUCUUCAAAUAACAAGUAGAUGACAAAAGUAAUUUUCAUUUACUUUUCCAGUAUAAAAGUGAUCUUAAAAUGUAGAAAAACAACCAACUUGUAGCUGUGUAGAAA